AUGGUCACCUGGAUGAAAGAACAGGACAACAUCGAUGUCCAUUUCGGGUUCGAUGUGGGCAUGGGAUACUUCCUCAUUGUCUACGAUAUGCGCCUCGCUGCCUAUAUUCCCGACGGGACUGAAUUCGACGAUGUCCGCUAUGCCGUAUCUGCAGACGGUACUGGGGCCUAUUUCACGGCGUAUACUGGGACUCAUAGACAGGGACAGAGGGUCAGUGUUGACACGAUGAGAAAGCUCUGGAGGGCUUAUGGCGUCUAUGAAGAAGGGAUGCGUGGGCUGGUAAUGUCUAACCUGGAGAAUAUUCAUGGGAUUGAAGAUCGUAUGUAA